CUCGCUCGCUCCCCGCCUUGCGCUCGUCGCCCGUCUGGGCCGGAGCCAGGCGAUGAGGUGGGAGGCGCCAGAAGCCACUUAGCUACCGCCACCCGCCCAAUGCAGCAGUCGCUGGCUUACAAUGCAGCACUAAGGCAGCGGCGCGGCGCAGGCUGCAGCGCGGCCGGGGGCAGCCGACCCGGGCGGGCGGCCUCGGCGCCCCGGGCGUGAGCAGCGGCGCGCGUCGGGCGAGGCGGGCUGGCGGCAGCACCAUGCGGGCGGCGGCGGUGCCCUUCUUGCUGCUCUGCGCCCUGGGGACCUGCCCCGUGGCGCGCUGCGGCCGGGCAGGUAAGUUCGCCACUCGCCCCAGGCUCCGGGGCAUCUUCGUGGAGUCCCCCGGGCGCGUUUCGAAGGGAGCAUCCCCAUUGCCCAAGUGCUUGACUCACGUUGACCAGGCGAGCUUCCAGGUCGAUGCCUUCGGAGCCUCCUUCGUCCUCGAUGUCAGGCUGAACCAUGAUUUGCUGUCUUCUGAGUACAUAGAGAGAUACAUUGACCAUGGAGGCAAGACUGUGGAAGUUGAAGGAGGAGAGCACUGUUACUACCAGGGCCACGUCCGAGGAAACCCUGCCUCGUUCGUUGCCUUGUCGACAUGCCAUGGACUUCACGGGAUGUUCUAUGACGGGAACCACACGUAUCUCAUUGAGCCAGAAGAAAAUGAGACCUCCCAAGAGGAUUUCCAUUUCCAUUCGGUUUACAAGUCCAGGCUGUUUGAAUUUCCCUUGGAUGAUCUUCCAUCGGAAUUCCAACAAGUAAACAUCAGUCUGCCAGAAGUUACUUUGAAGUCAAGACCAAAAAGGAGUGUGCGGCAGCGCCUUCGACAUCCUCGUAACGUGGAAGAGGAAACCAAAUACAUUGAGCUCAUGAUUGUGAAUGAUCAUCUUAUGUUCAAAAGACACCGGCUGUCUGUGGUACACACCAAUACCUAUGCAAAAUCUGUGGUGAACAUGGCAGACUUAAUAUAUAAAGACCAACUUAAGACAAGGAUAGUAUUGGUUGCCAUGGAAACCUGGGCGGCUGACAACAAAUUCGCCAUAUCUGAAAAUCCAUUGAUCACCCUACGUGAGUUUAUGAAAUACAGGAGGGAUUUUAUCAAGGAGAAAAGUGACGCAGUGCACCUUUUUUCGGGAAGUCAAUUUGAAAGUAGCCGGAGCGGGGCGGCUUACAUUGGUGGGAUUUGCUCGCUGCUGAAAGGAGGCGGCGUGAAUGAAUAUGGGAAAACUGACCUAAUGGCGGUUACACUUGCUCAGUCAUUAGCCCAUAAUAUUGGUAUUAUCUCAGACAAAAGAAAAUUAGCAAGUGGUGAGUGUAAGUGUGAGGACACGUGGUUGGGAUGCAUCAUGGGCGACACUGGCUAUUAUCUUCCUAAAAAGUUCACCCAGUGUAACAUCGAAGAGUAUCAUGAUUUCCUAAAUAGUGGAGGCGGUGCCUGCCUUUUCAACAAGCCUUCUAAGCUUCUUGAUCCUCCAGAGUGCGGUAAUGGCUUCAUCGAAACUGGAGAGGAGUGUGACUGUGGGACCCCUGCAGAGUGUGUCCUUGAAGGGGCUGAGUGCUGCAAGAAAUGCACCUUGACCCAGGACUCUCAGUGCAGUGAUGGUCUCUGCUGUAAAAAGUGCAAGUUUCAGCCCAUGGGGACUGUAUGCCGAGAAGCCGUGAACGACUGCGAUAUCCGUGAAACGUGCUCGGGAAAUUCAAGCCAGUGUGCCCCUAACAUUCAUAAGAUGGAUGGAUAUCCAUGUGACGGUGUUCAGGGAAUUUGCUUUGGAGGGAGAUGUAAAACCAGGGAUAGACAAUGCAAAUACAUCUGGGGACAGAAGGUGAAGGCAUCAGACAAAUACUGCUACGAGAAACUGAACAUCGAAGGGACGGAGAAGGGUAACUGUGGGAAAGACAAAGACACAUGGAUUCAGUGCAACAAACGGGACGUGCUCUGCGGUUACCUGUUGUGCACUAACGUCGGUAACAUCCCACGGCUCGGAGAGCUCGAUGGUGAGAUCACGUCUGCCGUGGUUGUGCAGCAGGGGAGGACGUUAAACUGCAGUGGCGGACAUGUGAAGCUGGAAGAAGACGUGGAUCUUGGCUAUGUGGAGGAUGGGACACCAUGUGGUCCCCAAAUGAUGUGCUUAGAACACAGGUGCCUUCCCGUGGCGUCUUUCAACUUCAGCACUUGCUUAAGCAGUAAAGAAGGCACUGUCUGUUCAGGAAACGGAGUGUGCAGUAACGAGCUGAAGUGUGUGUGUAACAGGCACUGGACAGGUGCUGACUGUAACACUUACUUCCCUCACAAUGAUGACACAAAGGCUGGGAUCACUCUGUCUGGUAAUGGUGUAGCUGGCACCAAUAUCAUAAUAGGCAUAAUAGCUGGCACCAUUUUAGUGCUGGCCCUUAUAUUAGGAAUAACUGCAUGGGGAUAUAAAAACUAUCGAGAACAGAGACAGUUACCCCAGGGAGAUUAUGUAAAAAAGCCUGGAGAUGGUGACUCUUUUUAUAGCGACAUUCCUCCCGGAGUCAGCACAAACUCAGCAUCUAGUUCUAAGAAGAGGUCCAAUGGGCUCUCUCACUCAUGGAGUGAAAGGAUUCCAGACACAAAACAUAUUUCAGACAUCUGUGAAAAUGGACGACCUCGAAGUAACUCUUGGCAAGGUAACCUGGGAGGCAACAGAAAGAAAAUCAGAGGCAAAAGAUUUAGACCUCGAUCUAACUCAACUGAGAGGGAGCCCCAAGCACCUGAGCCUGGGCACUCCCUCGCCCAGACAGUCCCAUCCCAAGGCAUAAGCCCAGGGGGCUCUGACAGCCCCCAGACAGGGAGUCUGGAUCACAGGACUUUAUCUCCCGCCAAGUCUCCUUCGUCAUCAACUGGGUCCAUUGCCUCCAGCAGAAAAUACCCUUAUCCAAUGCCUCCGCUUCCAGACGAGGAGAAGAAAGUGAACCGACAAAGUGCCAGGCUAUGGGAGACGUCCAUUUAAGAUCAACUGUUUACAUGUGACACAUCGAAACUGUUUACUCCAACUUUUAUAGAAACUCAGUCUCACAGAAUCACUGCACAUCGACUGCUCUUCAGACAAUACGGAGACACUCUGGGAAGCCACCAGGAGAGGAAGCCAAAUCUCACAUCUGGAUACCAGUUUCUUUUUGUCAUUGCCAUAGCAUUGAACUGAACCACGCCCAGAACUACUUAGAUGCCCCAGUAUGACAUGGGGCAGCCAAGGUGCCGGUAUGUGACUGCAUAAUCCGCAUGACAGAUCUAUGUAGAAAUACCAAUAAAACUAACUCACCUGACCCAAAUGUAGCAAGUUUCCUAAGGGACAGAAGUGGAUUCAGAACCUGACAUUCAUUGUACACAGCAGCGCUGAAUGCAUGGAGCUUCUGUUUAUUGCUUUCCACAUUUCAGGAGACAGCCUCCCAUCGUCAAAACUAGCAUGCAGGGCUCAGCAGCAGGCUUUUCUGCAGGACUCGAGUGCUUUCAGAGGCCAGCAUCCCCUAUGCUAACUCUAAACAUGUAUUUUUAUCUUUUUUUUUUUACUUCUCGUAUUUAUAUCAGCACACAAGGACAACUGUACAUAUGUAAACAUUUUUAAAAAUGUAAAAAAAAAAAAAUGAAAAAGCAGCUGUUACACGCAAGUGUAUCUUGCCAAAUGCCUAAAAUCAGUCACGGUCACAUCCUGUCAUCCGUCCCCGGUCUUUAAAGAUGCUGUCGAUGAUGUAAACGCAGCAGCGAGCGUGGUCAGCGUGUCUCUCCAUAAUCGGUACUUGUGCAGAACGUGCGACGUCCCCCUAAACUGUGCGUGGUCUGGAGGCGGAUUCACGGAACGGGAGAACCAGACGCCCCAGCCCGCUUCUGGCCUCCGCGUCCUGCCGCAGCGGGAGCGUCCUGGUGCCGCCAUCGGCCGCUGGGCCUCGCCAGCCUGUCCACUGUAUUCUGCGGGCGCGCUCUGCCUGCCUCCGCGGCUGUGACUCAGCACCACGGCACCUCGAUUGUGCUCGCCGUGGAGGCCCCGGGCCCCUCAGCUGUGCGUCCUGCGGAGAGGACGCAAGCGUACCAAAGACACGUGAGACCAGCGGGCUGCCACCUGGCCUGCGCGCCAGCCCUUCGUGGCCUGAGGGUUCUGUUAGCCAUCCUUACGUGUGAAGCGAACAACCUGCUUUCACAAUAACUAGUGCUACACCACUGCUUCUUUGGGAUCUUUAUCACCACUGGGAUGUGAGCCCUGACAGGUCGUUCGGCACUGACUUCCAGGCACCGCGAAGAAGACAAGGGUCCAGUGAAACCUAAAGGCCCCAAGAUGUUGCACAGACGCCUGGCAGGGGAAAGCUCUGCUGCUUUUUUGGGAUUUGCACAUUUAAAACUGUAUUUAUAAAAGAGGGUCCCAUAGCUAUUGUAAUGUCACCGUUAUUCCUAAGAAAGCGACCCUGCUGAGGCUGGACAUCGGUGGGUGGGCCCAGCCACAUGGGCUGCCGUGAGGGUGCGUGUCACGUCUCUCCUGCGCAGCUUUUUCUCGAGAGGAAUGGGGUCCACAGACGGGAUGUCAGAAAGUCCCUCUCCCUGGAGUGUCCAGGGGCAAAAAUCCAUGGCCACUCAGUGGGGAGUCCUGGGACGGGGCGGGCAGUGUGUUCUACUCUGCGCAUUUAUGUCUUCUGUAAUGGACCGCUCUUCUCGGAGUCUGGCAAUGUUUGGAGCGCCCUUUAGCCACGCAGAAUCGCACAGUGUGAAGCAGCAUCAUUUCAUGGCGGAUAAGGAUGUGAUUGUGGGUACUACAGCGAAUCAGCCCAUCAGACUGAGUUUUGGGUGAGUGUUGGACGACACUGUCGCACAGCUCAAGCCAAGGACAGAAGGGCAGACAGGUAGAAAGAUGUAGCCAGUCGAGUGACCAGGAUCACUUUAAUGUGCACUGAAUGUCUUCAGGUAUUGUGUAUGUAAAAGGCCAUGUGACAAGAUUUAUUUUGACUAUAAAAAGAGUUUAUAGAUGAAUGCAAGGUGCCUCAUGUAUUUACAUGCUUCCUAGUUACAGUUAGACAAACCCCACUUUGGAAGAAUGCACAAAUGGCUAGUUAAGUAGCAAGAGAUCUCUCUCUAUAUAUCCAUCUAUCUAUCACCUAUCAACCAUCUAUUAAUUAUCUAUCCUUCCUCACCCCAACGACUUAAAUAUAAAAUUAUUUUUCAAAUGUAAAUCAUUAUCAUGUGCCUUUUGGGAGAUGUGUUUGCUCCGGAGGUAUAGAGUUUGUAAUAAUCCUCAUUGAUAAUAACCUUCACAUGGAAUGGGGUAAAAAGUGGGUUUUUUUAUUUACAGAUAUUAUGAUUUGGGGGAAUACAGUAGCUUCAGUGUUCUAUUCUGGAUAUCGAUCUUCUCUCCCUUAAACUUUCUUAGGGCCAUUUGUGGAAUUCUUUGACAAAUGUAUAGUUUCAGUGGAUAGUUUCAGGAAGUAGCUACAUGUGUACUCAUGGUUGAUUUUUUUCUAGAGCAUUGCAUCUAAAUAUUUAUGACCUUCUAUCUACUGAAGUAGGUAGAAUGAACCCAUAGCACUAACUACAAGCACAGCUUAAUUUCCUUUUAAACAUCCAUUUUGGAAAGAAACGUUCAGUAGUGAUGUCUACAUGCCACAAGUCACCGUCGGGUCAUCCCUAGGCAGAGGCGAGCAGCACGCUGGCUUCCACGUUUCAUUGUAUGCCUUUUCCCCUCUCUUCCUAAGGUUUACUGUGAACGUAAGCCUUCCGAUUGACAGCCCUGCUGCCUGAGAUGUGCCGCAGGAAACACUGAGGUCUCUGGGUUAGCAGAGGAGGGUGGACACCAGGGCAGGCCUAGGGACUGGACUGGCCGGAUUAACUGUCCCCUGGGCCCAGCCCCUCUUCCUCCAAGUGGGAAGAGGCAUCCCCCCUGCAGCCUGAACAGAAAGAGGCCGUAGCUCCCACCCAGGCAGCACGGGAGGGCUUCAGCUAGUAGCUGCUGUGUUUCAGGCAAACUCGGACGCUCACUGAGGAAUAACCUGUCCUUAGGGUUGUUCUAAUAACGUGGACUUCAAAUGCCAAACUUGGUUUUAGUUUGAUCUUGGUGCUUUAUCAAGGUCUGCACUUUUCUCGCUUGCUUUAAAAAAGCUUUUAAAAUCCCAUUGUUAAAUGAGGCCGGCCCUGCAUAGGACGUCUGACCGUGAGAUUGACGGGGUUUCUAAAAGAAGUGGUGGAAGAUAGAAGCUCCCUGUGCUUCAGGAAGGAGUGUUUAUGUCUGGUAUCUGUAUCAGCAUCGUGCUGCUCAUUGUUUUCUGUUCAAUCCCAUGCGUGUUCGCUUGAUGUAACCUUUCCAUGUCUUGAGGCUACUUUACCUGUUACCUUUUGUCUGGAUUUUGUCCUUUGAUUUUUACAGACACCUGUGGGUUAGAGGCACCAGGCCCGUUCUCUUCACUUCUGUUCACUUAUGCAUUUCAUCCAUCCAUUUCUUGUUGCCAUGUACUUCUGUCUACACACCACCUCCCCAGUUUUAUCAUGCUAAUAAAUCUCUAUCUAAAGUAAUGGCCAUUGUACUUGACCUAAAGGAAAGGGAAUUUAUUGGAAGGCAUUGAGUGGCUUGCAGAGUGGUGGGAAGGGGAAAACAAAGUUCAGAAGUGACAGGAAGGAGGCUGCGCUGGACGCCCACCUGGGUAGCGCCCUGGGGGGACUGGCAGGCAGGCGGGCAGGCGGGCAGAGAGCUGGACGAGCUUCCUGCGAAGUGCUCUGCCUCCCUUCACCUCGGGUCUGCUUUUCAUGCUCCUGACUGCCUUCGUCCCUUCACUUCUGUGUUUUCCUCUGAAAUCAUCACCUAAGUGUGUGAGGUCGGAGGGACUUCUCGUCCUCUCGGUACUAGCUGAAGGUAUAUGCAAGGCAAACAUUCUAUGCAAGGGGCUUCCUUUCGGGCUCCAUUGCUUGUUUUUCCUCCUUGGAGGUGUUUUCAGAGUAAGACUAGUCUGAGCUGGGGUGCAGCAACGUUUUUCCUCGCGGGGGAAAGCCAAGGACUAAUGUAAGCAGCGUCCAGGGUUCCCAGCCGGAGAGCAGCCUGCUCAUGGCUGAGUGGGAGCUGCGGGCCGUAGAAGCGCACCUGCUGGGAGCUGCUGGCGCCUGCUCACAGCCUGUGCCAUGCAGGGCAGGUGCGUGUCAUUCCAGGUAGGGCCUUCCUCCCACACCUGCGGACGCGAGACUUCUGUUCACGUCUUGUUCAUUGUCUUGUCAGAGCCCCCAAAGUCUUCUGGCUCAGUUUAGUAGGGAGUAUUUUUGAUGGUUAUAGACUGACAAAUUGUUCGCAUCCCACGAUGGGAUUUGACGGAUGCUUCCAGAACCUUCCUGCUUCCAGAGUAGCCCCACUGCCAGCCCCUUUAACAGCUUCCGCUGAGUAGGAACUUGCCCUGUCACAGAGGCCAGCCCCUCGGAGUGCAGAGUGGAGGUGGGAGGCACGUUUCUCCUCUCACAGUGGCGCGUUGACAUGGAUUUUGCAACUUGGGAAGCCACUGAGAGGGUCCCCAGGGUGUGAGAUCUGGGAUGGGGAGAAGAUAGGCAGCAGUGAGCUCUGGGACAGCUCAGCGGGGCUCGGGAGCAGACGACUGGGACACCCACAAGGCCCACAGCCAAGAGGCCACUUGGCUAUGCUGGGGAGCAGGGCUGCGUGCCUAAGGCAGGUCCGGUACCUUGCAGUUAGAGUGUUGACUCUAAAUAGUCAUGGCCCAGUCCCUCAGGGGCUGGUCGCGCCUGCCUGGGGUGCGUGCCCACCCCACUGUUCAUACGGGCCGGGCCUGUCCUCCUGGGGGUUGUUUCAAGACUUGCAGGGUCUUGGUCGGGACAUUAUCAUUUCAUGUUACUAGUUAUUCUUGAAAUCAGAACCAGGCAAAACGUGUGCUCUGUUGUUUUACAAAAAGGCAUACAAUGAGACUAAGCCAUCUUAAGAUAGCAAACAUACAAAAUGAUCAAUAAAGUUUCAAAGAAUUUCUGAAGGAUACUUUCCUGUCUUGUUUGAAAUACACACACACACACACACACACACACAACUAAGCGGCAUUUACUUGAGCUUAGCAUCCUGAUUUUUUAAGUUUCAGGCUCUGAUGUGUGUUUUGAUGGUUAAACUCCAAAAUAAUGCAAAUAGCCCCAAAUCUUUAAAUACAGUGGUGCUAAGUUAUAGCAGGUAACCACACCAUGGAAAGAGCUGAUUCGAGUAGUACACUUAGUGAUGAUACUUGAGUUCCUGCUAAAUUAUACAUGUGUUAUCACUGCCUGGUAAGAAACCCCACUUUUUUUUUCUAAUCCAGCACAAAAUCAAACUGUGAGUCUACAACCAGUGUUUUUAAUGGGUUAAAAAAAAAAAAACCCACCCAACACUUUUGUUUUGUAUGGGAAACUUUUUUUUACACUAACUGCAAAAGUGCUUAGCAAAGGGUUUAUUCAGGACCACUCAGCAUGUGCUCCUUUUUUAACUUGCUGGAAGACCUGCCCCUCCCGAAGAGCACCCCCAACGCCACCUUCUUUCCGAAACCUAGUGUGCCACCCACACACAGCAGCCUACACGUUAGCCCAUGUAGGUCUGCACCCGUGUCUCCGCGUCUCUCAUCUGCGAGGGGUGAUGUCAUCUACAUCCGGGGGAAGCCACUGUGGUUUCACCUUCCGUGACCAGGCCAUCCUGUGUAUAUACUUCGAUGUGCAUUGUUUUGAUGUUCUUUCUGCUACUGUGCACUUGGUUUUUCUGCUACUUUACAACUCCCUGGGUUUUGGCAAGCAUCAACUUAAAUGCACAUGGUGACUGCUUUCCCGAGCAAGCGUGACUUGUUUUACAGCUGUCAAGUUACAAACCGUUCUCACGUUGUAGGCAAGCAAAAUCUCACUGUUGUUCAAGGCCACUGUAAUUUGAGGUUCAAGUUUUUGGCACAAUUUUAUUAGUAUUCACUUGUGAAGCUAGUAAGAUCCCACGGUUUUCUAUGUUACUCGCAUUGUAACAUCAAUAAAGUGACUUUCAAUAAAAGAUUUAUGUUAUUUUA